AUGGUCGCCAACAAGAUCGAUGGCACUGCCAUCGCCAAGCAGAUCCGGGAAUCGAUCGCCAGUGACAUCCUCGAGAAGCAGAAGCUGAACCCCAGGUUCCAGCCUCAGCUCACCAUUAUCCAAGGCACCUACGUGCGCAUGAAGCAAAAGGCCGCAAAGGAGGCAAAUGUCGACUGCGAGCUCAUCCAGUUUCCCGAGUCCAUCACUGAGCCUGAACUUCUUGACCGCAUUUACCGCCUCAACGACAACCCCGACGUUCACGGUAUCUUGGUCCAAUUGCCUAUUCCCAAGCACCUCGAUGAGUACGUCAUCACAUCUGCCGUUGCAGACGAGAAGGAUGUCGACGGUUUCGGCACAAGGAACAUCGGCGAGCUCGCCAAGAAGGGCGGUCGCCCGUUCUUCAUCCCCUGCACUCCCAAGGGUGUCAUGGUCUUGUUGAAGGAGACCGGAGUGGAUUUGAAGGGCAAGAACGCUGUUGUGAUCGGACGCAGCGAUAUUGUCGGCAGCCCUGUGAGCUACCUUCUUCGCAACGCGGACGCAACUGUCACCGUGUGCCACUCCAAGACCGAGGGUUUGGAGGAGCACCUUAAGGCCGCGGACAUUGUCAUUGCGGCCAUUGGUCAGCCCGGUUUUAUCAAGGGCGAGUGGCUUAAGCCUGGUGUCGUCGUUAUCGACGUUGGCACAAACUAUAUUCCCGAUGCUUCCAAAAAGUCGGGACAGCGUCUCGUCGGAGACGUCGACUACGAGUCGGCUUCUCAGGUUGCUUCUCACAUCACACCAGUUCCUGGCGGUGUCGGUCCCAUGACCGUUGCCAUGUUGCUGUCCAACGUUGUGGACUCUACCGUCAAGUCCUUUGAGAGACAAAAGCAGAGAAAGAUCUCGCCUCUGCCGCUGCACCUCAAGGAGCCUGUCCCUUCUGACAUCGAGGUGUCGAGAUCCCAGAACCCUAAGCAGAUUACUCGUCUGGCCAAGGAGGUCGGCAUUGCUUCCCACGAGCUCGAGCCCUAUGGAGCCUACAAGGCCAAGGUCGAUCUUAGCCUCUUGAAGCGCCUUGAGCACCGUCGCAACGGCAAGUACGUUGUCGUCACGGGUAUUACUCCCACGCCGCUUGGAGAGGGUAAGUCGACUACCACAAUGGGAGUUGCACAGGCCUUGGGCGCCCACCUUGGCCGCGUUACCUUCGCCAACGUGCGCCAGCCCAGUCAAGGCCCGACUUUUGGUAUCAAGGGCGGUGCCGCCGGUGGUGGCUACAGCCAGGUCAUUCCCAUGGACGAGUUCAACCUGCAUUUGACUGGAGACAUCCACGCAAUCACCGCGGCGAACAACCUUCUCGCUGCUGCAAUUGAGACCCGCAUGUUCCAUGAGAACACCCAGAAGGAUGGCCCCCUCUACAAGCGCCUCGUACCUGCCAAGAACGGCAAGAGAGUGUUCCCCCCUGUCAUGUUGCCUCGCCUCAAGAAGCUGGGUAUCGAGAAGACGGACCCCAACGACCUGACCGAGGAGGAGAUCCGCCGCUUCGCCCGUCUGGACAUCGACCCUGAGACCAUCACAUGGAGACGUGUGCUGGACGUCAACGACCGUCACCUGCGAGGCAUCACUGUCGGCGCCGCACCGACCGAGAAAGGCCACACCCGUGAGACUGGCUUCGACAUCUCCGUCGCCAGCGAGUGCAUGGCCAUCCUUGCUCUGAGCACUGAUCUGGCCGAUAUGCGCAAGCGCCUGGGAAGCAUGGUCGUUGCGAGCUCCAGGAGCGGUGACCCGGUCACCUGCGACGACAUCGGUGCUGGCGGCGCUCUCACCGCUCUGAUGAGGGACGCCAUCAAGCCCAACCUCAUGCAGACUCUGGAGGGUACUCCUGUGUUUGUGCACGCCGGUCCCUUUGCAAACAUCAGUGUCGGCAACAGCUCCAUCUUGGCUGACAAGAUGGCCCUCAAGAUUGUCGGUACUGAGCCGGACGAGGACCACUCCGAGAAGGCUGGUUUCGUUGUUACCGAGGCCGGCUUCGACUUCACCAUGGGUGGAGAGCGCUUCUUCAACAUCAAGUGCCGCGCCUCUGGGCUCGUGCCUGACGUUGUCGUCGUCGUCGCCACCGUUCGUGCCCUCAAGGUCCAUGGUGGCGGUCCUCCAAUCGCCCCUGGUGCGCCGCUCAACGCCGUCUACAAGGAGGAGAACGUCGACAUCCUCCGCGCCGGCUGCGUCAACCUCAAGAAGCACAUUGAAAACGCCAAGGCAUACGGCAUCCCCGUCGUCGUUGCCAUCAACAAGUUCGUUACGGACACUGACGCCGAAAUUGCCGUCAUCCGUGAGGAGGCGAUCGCUGCUGGUGCUGAGGACGCCAUCCUCUCCAACCACUGGGCCGAGGGUGGCAAGGGAGCCAUCGAGCUGGGCAAGGGCGUCAUCGCCGCCAGCGAGAAGCCCAAGGACUUCAAGCUCCUGUACGACCUCGAGGGCUCCGUACAGGAGCGCAUCGAGGCCAUCGGACAGAAGAUGUACGGCGCGGCUGCUGUCGAGUUCAGCGAGCUUGCCCAGAAGAAGGUCGACAUGUACACCAAGCAGGGUUUCGGGAACCUCCCCAUCUGCGUUGCCAAGACGCAGUACUCCUUGUCCCACGACCCCGACCUGAAGGGCGCUCCCACUGGCUUCACUGUUCCCAUUCGGGACGUCAGAAUGGCCGCUGGUGCGGGUUACUUGUACGCUCUGGCCGCCGAUAUCCAGACCAUCCCCGGUCUGCCCACGGCCCCCGGCUACUUGAACGUUGACGUCGACGUCGAGACCGGUGAGAUCGAUGGCCUGUUCUAA